GCGCAGGAGCCAGCAGCUCGAAGGGGAAGGCAGUGGCAGAGAGUGGAGGGGCAGAGAAAACCGCUGUUUUUAUGUUUCCACUUGAGUGGCACUGUGACAGACCCUGCAAUGCACUCGGAGCCAGAAACUGUUUGCAAUGUAGCUAUCAGCUUUGAUCGUUGCAAGAUUACCUCAGUGACCUGUAGCUGUGGAAACAAGGACAUAUUUUACUGUGCCCAUGUUGUGGCACUCUCUUUAUACCGGAUCCGCAAGCCAGAUCAGGUCAAACUGCAUCUUCCCAUUUCAGAGACACUGUUUCAAAUGAACAGAGACCAACUACAAAAAUUUGUUCAGUAUUUGAUCACAGUGCACCACACAGAAGUUUUGCCAACUGCUCAGAAAUUAGCAGAUGAAAUUCUUUCUCAGAAUUCAGAAAUCAAUCAAGUCCAUGGUGCUCCUGACCCAACAGCAGGUGCUAGCAUAGAUGAUGAAAACUGCUGGCAUUUGGAUGAGGAACAGGUCCAAGAACAGGUUAAACUCUUCCUCUCCCAGGGUGGAUACCAUGGAUCAGGGAAGCAACUCAAUUUGCUUUUUGCAAAGGUGCGAGAGAUGCUGAAGAUGAGAGAUUCAAAUGGAGCUCGCAUGUUGACGUUGAUAACAGAACAGUUCAUGGCUGACCCUCGUCUGUCGCUUUGGACACAACAAGGAACUGCAAUGACUGACAAGUAUAGGCAACUCUGGGAUGAACUGGGUGCUCUGUGGAUGUGUAUAGUCUUAAAUCCCCACUGCAAGUUGGAGCAGAAGGUCAGUUGGCUAACACAGCUGAAAAAAUGGAAUGCAGAACAUGUUCCUACAGCCUGUGCGAGGGUGGAUGCGUUACGAUCUCAUGGAUGCCCACAAGAAGCACUGAGGCUAGCCAUAGCUAUUGUUAAUACACUAAGAAGGCAGCAGCAGAAACAGCUGGAAAUGUUCCAGGCUCAGAAGAAAGAACUUCUUCAAAUAGGAGUAACCUCAAUAACAAAUCUUGAAGGUUGGGUGGGACAUCCUUUGGAUCCAAUUGGCACCCUCUUCAGUAGCCUGAUUGAAGCCUGCAGGGUAGAUGAUGAGAGCUUCCAUGGAUUCUCAGACUUCACAGAGAACAUGGGGCAAUGCAAAUCUCUGGAGUACCAGCACCUGCCUGCACACAAGUUUUUACAAGAAGGGGAAUCAUAUUUAACGCUGGCUGUGGAAGUAGCAUUGAUAGGGCUGGGACAGCAACGAAUAAUGCCAGAUGGCUUGUAUGCACAAGAGAAGGUUUGUCGAAAUGAGGAACAGCUCAUUUCUAAACUACAGGAAAUUGAAUUGGAUGAUACUCUGGUGAAGAUUUUUCGAAAACAAGCAGUCUUCCUAUUAGAAGCUGGACCAUAUAGUGGUUUAGGUGAAGUCAUCCAUCGAGACAGUGUUCCAAUGCACACAUUUGCCAAGUAUCUCUUCACCUCUCUCCUACCUCAUGAUGCUGAAUUGGCAUUCAAAAGUGCACUGAGAGCCAUGCGGUUGCUAGUAUUGGAAUCAAUGGCUCCUUUGGGAGAUACAUCCCGUCCACACCAUAUUGCAUCAGUUGUUCCAAACCGGUAUCCCCGCUGGUUCACCCUAAGUCACAUCGAAUCCCAGCAGUGUGAGCUGGCAUCUACCAUGUUGACAGCAGCCAAAGGUGAUGUUCAGAGGCUGGAAACAGUGUUAGAAUCCAUUCAGAAAAAUAUCCACUCCUCAUCACACAUCUUCAAACUUGCCCAGGAUGCAUUUAAAAUAGCAACACUCAUGGACAGCUUGCCAGAUAUCACUCUUCUGAAAGUUUCUCUGGAGUUGGGCCUUCAG